AUGAGUCCCUCGACGCUGGUCUUCGUCUGUCUAAUCGCUCUGACAUGGGCCGCCCCACAGCUAUUCGGGGGCCCCCAAGUCACCAUCAAGGCGCCCCAAGCAACCCUCAAGGGCAGCACCAAAGGCUUUCUCGGAGCAAAGAGCGGCGAGGUUGAAUCGUUCAUGGGGAUUCCAUACGCAAAACCUCCCAUUGGCGAACUGCGGUUCAAGGCCCCCGUCCGCUUGACGGAAUCUCUGGGAGAGAUCGACGUCACCACGGAGCAGCCAGAGUCAUGUCCUCAGUUUGUCUUGAAGUCCGAUUUUGGUUCGCCGCUCAUCCCCCCGGGUCUUCUCGAUAGCGUGCUCAACCUUCCCAUCCUUCAGAACCUGGCCGUCGGCAAAGAGGACUGCCUGACGAUUAACGUGCAGCGGCCUGCGGGAACAAAAGAGGGGGCCAAGCUCCCCGUCAUGUACUGGAUCUUUGGCGGUGGCUUCGAGCUGGGGAGCACGUCCAUGUAUAACGGGGCGGGUCUCGUGGCCGAGGGCAUGUCGACGGGCAAGCCCUUCAUCUUCGUGGCUGUCAACUAUCGCGUUGGGGCGUGGGGUUUCAUGCCGGGCAAGGACCUCAUGGACGAAGGCAACUCCAAUGCCGGUCUGCUCGAUCAGCGGAUGGGGCUCGAAUGGGUUCAAGACAACAUUGCUAGUUUUGGCGGCGAUCCCGAAAAAGUCACUCUGUGGGGAGAAUCUGCUGGAGCCAUCUCGAUCUUCAGCCAGUUCACGUUGUUCAAUGGCAACAUUACACGGAAUGGAAAGGCUUUGUUUCGCGGUGCCAUUAUGAACUCCGGAUCUGCUGUCCCUACCGACCCCAUGGACUCGCCCAAAGCCACCAAGGUAUAUGAACAGGUGCUGUCUACCGCGGGCUGUUCAGGGGCGAAGGACCGGCUGGGGUGUCUCCGGAAACUCUCGUAUGAGGACAUGCGGAAAGCCGCCAAUUCGGUACCGGGUCUGUUGAGCUACAGCUCCGUCGCCUUGUCGUAUCUCCCCCGACCAGAUGGCAAAAACGUCCCUUCGAGCCCUGAAGUAUUCGCGACGACGGGCAAGCUGCCCAAGAUACCAUUCAUUCUUGGGGAUCAAGAAGACGAAGGGACUCUCUUCGCGCUCUUCCAGCCAAAUAUCACCAACACCAAGAAGAUAGAGGAGUACCUGUCUACACUCUAUUUCAACAACGCCUCUCCCCAACAAAUCAAAGAGCUGGUGGCGACAUACAAUCCGAGACCAUCCGAGGGAUCUCCGUUCAGGACCGCCGGCUUAAACGAGAUCCGUCCGCAGUUCAAGCGUCUCGCCGCCAUCCUCGGCGACGCCGUCUUCACCCUUACUCGCCGGGCCGUCUUCAGCAUAUCCCAGACGGUCCAGCCCGAGGUCAACAACUGGAGCUACCUGGCCAGCUACGACUACGGCACCCCGGUCCUCGGCACGUUCCACGGCUCCGACCUGCUCCAGGUCUUCUUCGGGAUCAAGCCCAAUUACGCCGCGGCCGCGACGCGCGCGUACUACUUCAACUUCGCCUACAACCUGGACCCGAACAACUCGUCGGGCGGCACGGGCACCGCCAAGGUGAAGCUGAUCGACUGGCCGAAAUGGAGGGACGGCAACAAGAUGCUGCACAUGCUGGCGGACAAGGCCGAGCUCAUCAACGACGACUUCCGCCAAGACAGCUACAACUUUCUGCUGAACAACGUGGCGAGUCUGCGCUUUUGA